AUGCCCUCCACCGCUCGCUCGAACUCCUCUGCCGGAAUUGGCGCCAGGGCACGCUCUACACUGGAGAUUAUUCCCGACACCCGGUUCAUCGUCUUUCGAGGAGGCGAACAUGAAGCCUCCCCGUGCAAGCUAUCCGGCGUCGUUCGACUUACCGCUCCCACCCCCAUGUCCAUCACCAAGCCUCGCAUACGGUUUGAAGGCUGCCGCAAAAUCGGAUGGUGGUACUCCGGAGGCAUGGCCGCGGGAGAAGUGACCGACAAACGAGUUUUCUGGAGUGAAGAGCAAAAGCUGGGCGGCGUGGAAACCUCCCACAAAGUCAAGGCCGGCGUCAUCGAGUGGCCCUUCGAGUUUCUCCUGGACCCGGCAAUGCCCGAGAGUAUCGAAGGGAUGGCCAACACCUUUGUUGUCUACCACCUUCAUGCGAGCGUUUCCCGGCCGAGCUGGAACUCGAGGAGCUUGACUGCAUCUGAACACAUCCGCCUCGUGCGGACACUCGGUCCGGAUUCGUUGGACAUGGCUCAUUCGCGGACCAACGCCGAUGUGUGGGCAAACAAGAUCUCGUACAGCAUCUCCAUCCCCACAGACGCCUUCGUCUUCGGCACUUCAAUCACUGCCGACGUCGAAUUGUCACCCAUCAAGAAAGGACUUCGACUGGGAAACAUCGAUCUGCGCCUAUCGGAGCACGUGACCAAACGACUGCAGUUGCGAGAGACUCCCGACGCUCGACUGGAUCGCUCGAAGACGGAGGAGUAUGAGGUAGCAAACACAGAGAUGGAAUUCCCCGAACAUUCUCGAGUGGUUUUCGACGAUGAGACCAUCGACGACCCCGUGAUGGGGGAUGAAAUGUAUCGCUUCAAAGCGACCCUCCCCUUGCCCAAGUCCCUGAAUGCAUGCCGGCAGGACGUGGACUCGCAUCAAAUCAGCGUGACGCACAAGUUCAAACUGAUGGUCAAUCUGCACAACCCGGAAGGGCACGUCUCCCAGCUCGUGUGCCGAUUACCGGUCAAGAUAUUCAUCUCUCCCAACCUCCCGCUCAACGAGGAGAACGAAGUUUGCCGCCCGCUGCAAGAUGUGUCGGAUGAAGCAAUCAACAGCAACGAAACCGCCGUGACAGCUCCUCCACAGUAUGGGUUACAUCAGCUGGAUGAACUCUUCGGCGAUAUCGAUUUGGCUGGCUACAUGUCGAGGGUGAGGAGCCACUCGGAGUCACCUGGACUGGGAACACAGACCCCAGACGAUCUGGACACACCCGCUGCGGAAAUGGCAGAUUUGUAUUCGCGCAGCCAGCCUCAAGACCAGCACGCCCCGUCAGCAAAUGCCCUGCGAUCCCGACUCGUCAGGUUACAAGUGCAGAGCCAAUCCGCCCCGAGCUCGCCUGGACCGGACAGCGGCCCGCCAUCUCGUCGAACAUCAGGGGACGACCAUACGGCUGAUAUCCGACGAAACGACUACGACAUGGACGAUCUCUCCCGUGUCCCGUCCUAUCGGCAUGCAUUGCGUACCCCGCGGAGUGCACCUCAGCCGUGUCAUCGAGACGUCAUUUCCCCGGAUACCAUCCCCGUGUCCAUCGUCUACACUCAUGCUGCCGGCAUCUCACUCACCAGCUCGAGAGUGUACGCAUUGAACAUCAACUUUUUGAGAAUUAUCCCGAGCUUUGCACCCACGCCGAAAGCAGUCAUGAGGCUACUGCUCGCCCAAAUCUCCCGCCAACCUUUCCGGCAACCUCGAAUUCGGCUCUCGCAGUCCCACCGCGCUGGUCGUGCAUUCACCGUUGCUCGACCGCUGCGGCUCAAGGAAGACAAGGACCGCAGUCCGGAAGAGAUUGAACGGCAGAAGCAGGAGAGUUUGAAGAAGGGCGAGUGGAACCGAGAGCUCGCGUCGUCGUCGGAAGAGAAUGUGGGUGCGGAUCAGCAGAAGGUGAAGGAUCACGACAAGCACAUGGAUGAGCUACAGAAGGAGACGGCGCAGAAGUCGGAGGAGAAGCAUCCGGAGGGGAAAGCAUGA